AUGAGUUCGAUUCCGGAUAUCGACAAAGUAAUCAGGGAGACACAACGAACUCCCUUCUCAUCCAGGAUCACUAAUACCUAUCUGCGCGAUACUUACAAGCUAUGUAUCCCAGAAUACUCUGGUAACAGCGAUCCACGAGCUUAUAUCCGAGCUCUUUAUCUCGAAAUUCUUCGAGCUCAAUUUUUUCCUAAAGAGAUAGCUGAAAACCUAGCCGGACCAGCUAAAAAUUGGUUCGCAACGCUGGAUGAAAAUUCAAUCGAUACUUUCGACCAGCUCCUUUCGGUAUUCAUAAACCAAUAUUCGAUCUUCAUCGAACCAGAAGUUUCUGAAGCCGAUCUCUGGACGCUUUCUCAAGCUCCAAACGAAUCACUUCGAUCUUACGUCAACAGAUUCAAAGCAAUCAUCGCUAAGAUCGAAAACCCUAACGAGGCAGUAGCUCUACUAGCCUUCCGAAACAACCUUGUGAAAAGAAAGGCCAGGUUAGCUAAACGCAACAAGACCUCAUCGAACGAUAACGACAAAGCAUCCCAAAAACGGGAACGCAAGGUCGGAAUCAACCACCAAGAGUCACCUCUUUCUAAAAAGAAACGAUCUGACUCGACCCAACACCUAGAGAGCUCAGCUCACGCAGCAGCUCAAUGA